UAGUCAUAAAAUAAAAUUCUUAUUCUAGCUUAACCUACCAAUAUAUAAAAAUUAGGAUAUUCAUUUAGUUUUAGCCGAGAAGUCUAAAAGUUAAAAAUAUGGAAAGGCUGGAGAAUUUUGUAAGGAUAUACAUCACUGCAGGUAGAGGAACAGAGGCCUUUGCUGAAAUGGAAAUUCAAAAGAAAACAGCUUGUACCCAAACACAUCGACGAGAUGGCAAAGUGUUUGUUCGGAUCCCAUACAAGAAAUUAGAUUUAGAAAAGAUCUUAUCCCUGAAGUCCAUUGAAAGAGCUUUCAUAGCCAUUACAGACUACGACAAUUCUAAUUUUAUCCAAAAUAAAAAAGUGUUCCUGGACAAAUUAAUGAGUGAGUUUUCAAGGCCAGACAAUUUUUCUGCUAUUCAUUUGGCUUUAAACCAGCUACAAGCCCUUCAUGUUCCAAACAGUUUGUUUGCAGUUGACAGUUUUCAUUCAAACAAAGCACAGUUAGAUAAAAAUGAGGGAAAUCUUCUAGAGAGAAAAGGUCAUUUGCAUUCAGAUAAACAGAUCUGUUCAGAACAGAAUGUAUCAAAUAUGGAAAGUAAUAGCGUGAAGGAACCACCAAAUAAAAAAGUAUGUUUAGAAAAUGAUGUAAUACAACAAUCCGGUGAAUGUUCAGACAGUGGGUUGGACAUUCAAACAAGAGCUGAAAAAAUGAUACAGUCAAAUCCAACAUUUUCUAAAAACCUGGUCACAGAAGUCAACACCGGAGCAGAAAAUAAGAACUCUUCAGCAUGCAGUGAGAAGCUGGUUACUAACCCAGUACCACAUAGUUCUGAUGACAAGCCAGGUUUCUUAACAUUUCGUGUUUGUGUUAAAUGUUCUGGGAAAGUCAGCAGAUGGUUAAAUACACAGAAACUUUCUAAAGACAUAGGGUGGCGAGUGGCAAGAGUGACUGGAUGGAGGGUUAAUCUCAGACACCCUGAUAUUGAGGUUAGUGUGCAUAUAAGUGAUGGUUAUGUUACAGCAGGUAUCCCCAUGUCCAGAUACCCAUUGUCUAAAAGAGAUUAUAUUGUGGCUUCAGGACUGAGAGCACCAGUAGCAUGGAUCAUGUAUCAUCUGGCUCAUGUACAGCUUGGUGAUAUAGUACUAGAUCCUAUGUGUGGAAGAGCAACCAUUUUAUUAGAAUCUGGCUUAGAAUUCCAGGAAGCAAGCUACAUAGGAGGUGAUACUGAUCUAUCUCAGCUUCAAGUGGCCACUCAGAAUUUACACUUGUGUAAAAAGGAACAUAAUAUCUCCAUAUUGAUGGCUGACAGUCUAACAAUGCCUUUCAGAGAUAAUUGCAUAGACAUUGUCAUCUGUGAUGCACCUUUUAACCUAAAGUAUUUGUUGACAAUUAACACAGAAUCUUUCUACAUGCAGUUUCUUGGAGAAGUUUGCAGGGUAUUGAGACAAGGAGGAAGGUGUGUGCUUUUAGUAAGUCGAGACAUAAAAAAAAUGUUGCUACUGAAGUUACCACUCUCUGAGAAGUUUAACCAAGAUAAUUUAGAAGCCAUUGACCAAGCUCAAGAAGUUAACCAUCAGUUGUUGCCUUUGACUGUACUGUCUACUCACGAUGUUAAACUUGGAGAGACCGAAGCCUGUAUUGUUGUAUUCAAUAAAAUUUAAA